UAAAGGGAUUAUAAACGUACUAAUUUGGUUAAAAAGUUUGUGAUUUUUUUUAAGCGCAACAAUAAUAUAAAAGUAUGUAAUAAUGGGUAUCAUUUUAAUCGUAUUGACCCUCAGAAUAAAGAACACAUGUCAUUUUUACCAUAAAUUGUACGGCGUGAAAACAAAACCUUCCAAAAUUAGCAAAAUUGCGUUUUUCGUUUUAAUUUCCCCACAAAAAUUGUGUUUUUUGGUUGCGCCAUACAUUUUAUGAUAUAAUGAGUGAUGUCAUUACAAAGGACAACUGGUCGCGCAAAAAACAAGCCCCCAUACUAGUCUGUGGAUGAAAAUAUAAAAGAGUUAUGAUUUUUAGAAGGCGAGGAGGAAAAAAUGAAAACGUAAAAAUUAAAUUGUCUGAGUCCUUAAGGCCAAAAUGGGCUGAGUCCUUAAGGGGUUAAUGGGGCCGCACAAACAAUCACUGGCCUGGCUCGUGCCAUAAUUGAACUGCCCCAAUGCGCCAUAACCUAUUAUAAAUAGGGGGAGAUCGGAUGGAUUUGUACCAGUUCUGCGCCACUUUUUUCGGGCACCGUAUUAGUGAAGCUUCGCGGUUGUAUGGCGUUGCAGCCAGGAAUUACAAUGAUGUUAUUGGUGGGGAUCUGGUUCAGUCUUUGACUAAAUAUUUGUAUUUUAUUUUCGAUAUUCUAUAUAAUACAUUUUUUAUCCUAUGUAUGCGCUUUGUCUGACUUUUAUAUUAACUAGGUCUCUAGUAUAAUAUUGUUUAUAAUUGUUUGUAAUUGUUUAUUGCUUAAUUAAUUAAUAAAAAAAUGAAAUUAUUUCUCGUCUUAUUAGCAGUCUAAAGAAACACGGGAUUGUGUGGUCACAGCCACGCCCUCUCCAUUCAUGUCUAUGGGAGGGGCGUUUUGGCUGACACGCCCCCGCCCAUAGAUAUGAAUGGAGGGGGCGUGGCGUGACAUCACGAUCACUACCUCCGGCUCAGAUCGUUCUGGCCAAAAUGUUCAGAACGCUGGUGCAUCGUUGCACCCCUUUAAAAGGGUUGUCCAGGAUUACAGAAACAGCGCCACGCCUGUCCACAGGUUGUGUGUGGUAUUGCAGCUCGUCCCUAUUCACUUCAGUAGAGCCGAGCUGCAAUACCAGACACAACCCAUUAACAAUUUUUAGGGUUUUUCUGAUCCUCAACAACCACUUUGAAACUUUCCCUGUUCUUUUUCCGAACUUAUACUUAUAUUCAGUUCUGUGGUAUUCGAGGCAGCUGUUUUAUGGGAAACAAAAAAUAAAUAAAAAAACAUUUUUGUGGUAUGUUCCGAGGACGGGGGUUGUGGGCCGGCGGUCACAGGACAGACCCCGUGUAUGAAUAUUUCAGGGACAUUGUCCGGCUGCUGCAUGUAUUGUCUCUUCUGUUCCAGAGCCGGGUCCCUGCUGACCGAGCACUGACACAGCAGUCACCUCUGCACCACAUUGUGUGUGAGAUAUAAUAUUCUCUUAUAUACUCAACCCUUUAAGCCCCAGACCUGACUGACCACAGCGCGCUCAUGCGUUUGGUACUUCACCUGUCCUUUUUAAUGGCAACUUUGUGAUGGGCCUUCGGACUAGUUUAGGAUUAUUGGCAACACCCUUGUGAUUAUACGGAACAGACAGGUAAGUGCUAUUAUUAUGGAUGGGACCACAUCUCUUUUAAUACAUGUUCUCUGGAUGAUAGAUAGUUCUGUGUCAUUGCUUUGUUGUUUCUUCAGUGUCGUGAUGAAAACCUACGUGGGGCUCUUGUUGCUGCUGGUCCUGCAGGUCUCGGCCACCUUCAAAAUCUGUGCUUUUAAUAUUAAGAGUUUUGGGGAAGCCAAAGCUUCCAACAAGAAGAUUAUGGGCACGCUAGCCAAGAUUCUUUCUCGAUGUGAUAUCAGCGUCAUUCAAGAGGUGAGAGACUCGAAGGGAGAAGCGGUGCCGGCUCUUGUGAGCGAACUCAACAAAUUUGACGCUGCGCAUCAUUACCAGCAUCUGGAGAGCAAAAGACUGGGGAAGAACAGCUACAAGGAGCAGUAUGUCUUCAUCUACAGAGAGGACACGGUGAAGGUAAUGGACUGGUAUCAGUAUGUGGAAGAUCAUCCAGAACACCCAGAAGCCUUUGCAAGAGAACCCUUCGCUGUCCGCUUCCAGUCACCAACAACAGCUGUUAAAGAAUUUGCGCUGAUGUCUCACCACACGUGUCCUAGUAAGGCGGCCGGCGAGAUCAAUAAGCUCCUACAGGUGAUGCUGCAGGUGAAAAGUCGAUGGAAAAUCCAGAGUCUUAUGCUACUUGGAGACUUGAAUGCUGCCUGCGGCUAUGUGACGGCUGAGGAAUGGCGGAACAUCCAGCGGCGGAGCGGCGACACUUUCCAUUGGCUGAUUGGUGAUAAAGAUGAUACAACAGUGAACCAAAAGACGCACUGCGCGUAUGACCGAAUUGUUGUCCAUGGCGAAGAACUCCUUAAAGGGAUUGUACCGGGUUCUGCAAAACCGUUCAAUUUCAAGAAGAAACUUGGUUUGUCUGAAGAGGAGGCUUUGGAGGUGAGUGACCAUUAUCCGGUGGAAGUAAAUCUCCGCGCAGACCCCCGGAUGGACAGGGAGCUCUGAUCGCCGCUUCAAUAACGCUACAGUGCAUUGUCAAUCCAAUAAAGUGUUUAUUUCCUCAGA